AUGGAAGACCGUGACCUCAGAAGACAGAACACCUCCCACACUGUGACUGACUUCAUCCUCUUAGGCUUCCCCUGUCCCAGGGAAAUGCAGAUCUUCCUUUUCUCCAUAUUCUUUGUGACUUACAUCUUGACUCUGCUUAGAAACAUGGCUAUUGUGUGCACAGUGCACUGGGAUCACCGGCUCCACACUCCCAUGUACAUUCUAUUGGCCAACUUCUCCUUCCUUGAGAUAUGCUACAUCAACUCCGAUGUGCCCAACAUGCUGGUCAACUUCCUCUCCAGGACCAAAGCCAUCUCCUUCGCUCGAUGCCUCCUCCAGUUGUGCUUCUUCUUCUCUCUGGGCACCACUGAAUGCUUAUUUCUCUCCAUCAUGGCCUAUGACAGGUUCCUGGCAAUCUGCCGGCCACUGCACUAUCCCACUGUCAUGACCACUAAAUUCUGUAGCAGCCUGGUCAUCUUUUGCUGGGUCUAUGGGUUUCUCUGGUUUCUGGUCCCAGUGAUACUCAUCACUCAACUACCAUUUUGUGGCCCAAAUGUGAUUGAUGACUUUCUAUGUGACCUCGGCCCCUUGCUGGCUCUGGCAUCAGCCUGUGUCCCAGUCCCAGGCACUGUUCUCAUUUGUGGCACCAUGAGCUCCCUCCUCAUCUUUGCCACAUUUUUCUAUAUUAUUGGCUCAUACACCCUAGUGCUGAGAGCCGUGGUGCAGGUUCCCUCUGCUGCUGGCCGAAAGAAGGCCUUCUCUACUUGUUCAUCACAUCUGGCUGUUGUAUUUCUGUUCUAUGGCUCAGUCAUGAUGACAUAUGUAAGCCCUGGGUCAGGACAAGCAAAGGGCAUGCAGAAGUUCACAACUUUAUUCUACUCAGUUUUGACUCCUUUCUUCAACCCCGUGAUCUACAGCCUCCGCAAUAAAGACAUGAAGGAUGCCCUGAAAAAAGUUCUAGGAGGUUCCUAA